ACGAUAGCUACUCAUUACCCAAAAACCAAUCAAGCAAAGCAGUCCAGUACUUAAAAGAGAAUGAGUGCAAUCGUGAGAAAGCUAUGGUGCUGUGGAGCAAAGAGCCUCCUUUCAGAGUCGGAGAGAUCAGUAGAUGUCCCAGAAGGCCACAUUAGAGUCUACGUUGGGAAAGACAUCCAAUUCCAAUGCAAGUUCCAGAUGGAAGCCAAUUACCUCAAUCAUCCUCUGUUUGAGGACCUGCUUCGUAUCUCCGAGGAAGAGUUUGGUUAUUCCUACGAUGGAGCACUCAGGAUUGCCUGUGAUAUCCACCUCUUCCAGUACCUUCUUCACCUGCUUAAGACCAGUAAUCCCUCUGCCCAUUACAUGCAACUUCCUGAUCUCAUUUCCAGUUUCCACAAUUCUACUAAACACCCUUUUUCUCUCGAUCCUACACAUUAAUUCCUUUUAAACCUUUGUAUGCAUACAUCUUUUAUAAUUUUGAUGACUCCCUGAUCCCCAUCUUUGUAUUCUUAUUUUUCAUUUUCUUCCAUUUUUCUGCUAUAUCCUUAGGAUCAUGAAGGCGGUAACUUCAGUUUAAUGGUAUGAUUUGAGUCACGAAAACAGACUCUUUACAAAUCCAUUUUCUUGUUCCUUUUUUUUUUUUUGGCUCACUGGGAUCAUGAGCUGCUACCCCAUAGACAUUACAUUAUUGUACUGCAUUGUAGCCCUGGAUUCUACAGGAUGAGCUAGUUUAAUUUCGAUGUCUAAAUCAUACAAUCGAAAUACUAAUGUAAACUCCUCAAGGAGAUGCAUUUUCAUAUACUCCUGAAUGUAUAUCUUCUUCUUCUUCUU